AACUAACAUUAAGGUUCUUUGUUUUGAUCACCCACAUUAAAGUUGAUGAUCCAUACAGCAUGGUAUUUUCUAUAUGUUUCACUUUUUUAAUUUUAAUGAACUUAUUGAUUUUCCAGGCAGAGCUGGCAGGUAUGGAUCCAAAUUUCCUGUUGGUGAAGUGGCUUGUUUAUGUGCAGAUGACCUACCAUUGCUUCAUUCAUCAUUAACGGCCCCGUCUUCUGUUCUAGAGGUGAUGGCAUUGCCAUUUGGAAUUCUCAUGAAAAUCUGCUUUGACUUUGUUUUGUAAACACGAACGGGGCUACACUUUUAUGUGUUUCUACAUUUUGCUGUUUACCGAACCUGAGUAACUUAUAUAAUGCAGCAAGCUGGACUGCUUCCAAGCUUUGAUCUAUUGUAUAUGUGUUCACGUUUGCAUCCAAAUAGUGGUUUCUACUAGAUAUUGGAGCAUUUCCUAGACAAUGCAAAACUAUCAGAAAAUUAUUUUUUUCCAACUGUGAAGACAUAUUGAAAGUUGCUGCUCUUGUUGAUCAAUUGCCCCUUGGGUUGCAUCAGAAGUAUCUUUUUUGUUUGAGCUAAUAUAUUAUCUUCAAACCGUAGGAAGUUGCUUAGAAUAAUAAGUCUGUCCAGUCCAGUAAGCUUUUCUACCAGCUUGGUAGGCCAAACAAUUCAGGUAGCAAAUGCCAUGAACAACUUGAUCACAUUUCUCUUAUUGUGUAGUAUUUGUGAUAUGUAGUCCAGUUGACAUGGAUGGUGACAUAGAUUGGAGAAAGGACGUUCAAGUAACAAAUACAUGUAUUUAGG